AUGCGGCGGAUCACCUCCCAAGUAGCCUUGCUGCUGUCGGCACUCACUUUGCUCGGCUGCAUGCGCCCAUUUGGGCGGCCCUUCAGCGGCAUCUGGCUUCGGGCCAGCUCGUUGCCUGCGACUGGGCGCAGGCCAAGCAGAGUGAUCAGGAUGGCUUCCACUGGCCCUGCCGCAAGGAUGUCCGACGAAGAAAAGUUUUUCUUUGACUUGAACGGGUUCCUGCACGUUCGCGGAGCCCUUUCGAAAGACUUGAUCGACCGCAUGAAUGAAGCAAUCACUGCUCACUCCAACGAGAUCAAGGAGCGCGAGGACGGUGACCUUCGGAAUACCAGAUCCGGCAGCGCUCUAUCCGGCGAUGGACACACGGGGCGGCGCGACCUUGGUGGGAUGCUGGGCUGGCCAAAGCCUCACUGUCAGCCCUUCCGGGAAGUCCUUGCCCACCCGAAGCUGCUGCCUUACUUGGUGGAGCUUUGCGGGGCUGGCUACCGCAUGGACCACCUGCCUCUAGUUAUAACCUCCCACAAGGGAAGUGAAGGAUUCCACUUACAUGGUGGGCCACUGACGCAGGACGGCGCGUUCAACCCCACUCUCCAGUAUCGAUGCGUGAAUGGUCAGUUCUACAACUCUCUCCUCGGCAUGUCCGUCCAGCUUGUGGACCAUGGUCCAGGUGAUGGUGGCUUUUGUGUCAUCCGUGGGUCUCACAAGAGCAACUUCCCAGUACCAGACGAUUUCCUGCAUGGCGGCGGUGAAGAAGCCAAGGCGCACUUCUACCAGCCAGAGACACGUGCGGGUGAUGUCGUCUUCUUCUCAGAAGCAACUGUACACGGCGCAAUGGCCUGGACUGCAGAGCAUGAAAGGCGCAUUGCGUUGUACCGCUUUGCCCCGGCCACCGUAGCCUAUGGCCGCAGUUAUGCGCCACAGUGGCCGCAGGAGAUGCUGGAAGAUUUGACACCCGCCCAGCGGGCAGUACUGGAGCCGCCAUAUGCAGGACGACUCGACAGACCAGUGCUGCGGCCUGGCGUGGAAGAACCCGUCGUUGAGAGCCGGGCGGCAAAGAAGAAGAAGUUUGAUGAGGAGGUUUUCGGCACGAAGUACUUCUGA